UUUGUUGAGGGAUUAUCAAAAUGGCUUCCAACACUUCUGAUGAUACGCCAUUUAGGUUAUCACAAAGUGAAUAUUGGUUGCAGCUCCAUACCGAACUUUCUAAUUCGAAGAGCUUGAAUUCGGACGAAAUAGAGUGCGUAUUAUCCACGAUUGAGGAGGUCUUGUCAUCCGUAGACUUUCAGUCUAACCCAAUUCUUGACUCAAUUAUUUUGGUGUCGGUUAUGUGCUUUGAGAUUAUAACUAAAGAUGAAGCACUACACUCUGAUUCCUCGUUACAGAAAUAUUUGUACAGAAUUGUUGUGCCACUGUCGAAGACCACAGAAAAUGCUGGAUACUUGGUUGCUGAGAAAUUUUUGUGUCAAGCUCUAAAACUAGUUUCAAAUGACGUUGUUAAUCUCGACGUCCGGCUCGAAAUUCUAACCGUCUUCAACGUUAUAAUUUCAAACCUUACGACUACAUCAAGAAUCCAUGUCUGGAAGUCCACUGAGCUCAGAGCUUCAAUCUGCAACUUUGGAGCCAACCUCGUAAAUUUUGGCGACUUUGAUCUGCAAGCCCAUGCAAUUGCGCUCUUGCUUCGGCUAGUGCCGCAUGCAUAUCGGAAGAGAUUUGCUUCGCUGCACAUCACGGGGGAACAGGUUGAACUGUCUGCUCAUUUCUCGCGGAUUGACGAAUCGAGCUUUGAACUGGGAAUCCGAAACUUUUUGAAUUCGUUGAACAUGUCGAUCAUAGAGGAUCCAAAGAUAGUCUCGCUACCAUGUUCUUCUGCCUUCCUCUGUGACACACAGGUAAGGGUGGCGUAUUCCGAUUAGCGCCCAACUAC